AGAAGUAAGCAGCCCACACAGCUCCAUCUUCCAACUUCUGUGUUUGCCUGUGGCCUUGCUGUGGAUACCAUGCAGCCCUGUUGCCUUCUCCUCUUCCCCUUCUUCUUCUUCUUUCCUGGGACGUGGGCAGAGCUGGAGGCAGGCUCUCACAUGCUCCAGCUACGCCAUUUCGUCACCUUCCAAAAUGCCACAUCCAUGCAAGUGCGGGGGCUUGGCUUCAUGGGGGACAUCAAAAUUGGUUCCCUGGACAGCCUCACUGGGGACAUCCAUUACUACAAGACCUGGCUGCGUUCAGCCCUGUCCAAAGGUGACUGGGAUGUCAUCGAGAGCUCCAUCAAGUCAUACCUGCGGGAUUUCAACAGCCUGGUGCAGAAGCUCACCAACCACAUCAGAAUGUCCUACCCUUUUGUCUUCCAGACCUCUAAAGGCUGCCAGCUCCAGCCCAACGGGACUACCAGAUCUUUCUUUGUCAUUGCCUAUGAGGGCCAGGACUUGAUCCGGUUCCACAUGAACAAGGGAACUUGGGAUCGGGUGCCAGAUAAUGAGAUGUCAGCAACCGCUGAGCAUUUGUUGAACAAUGCCACCACCCUCAAUGAGCUGAUACAAGUGUUCUUCAGUGUCACCUGUUUUGACAUUUUGGAAAGGUUCAUUGAGUACGGGAGGGCAGAUCUGGAGAGACAAGAGCUGCCCACUGCCACCGUCUUUGCCCGCAAAGCUGGCCCAGCCCAGCUCCUGCUGGUUUGCCGCAUCACCGGCUUCUACCCACGGCCCAUCAGCGUGGCCUGGCUGCGGGACGGCCACGAGGUGCCACCGGGCCCGGCCCUGAACACCAGCGCUGUCCUACCCAACGCCGACUUCACCUACCAGGUCUACAGUGGCCUGACCGUGGCUCCCCGUGAUGGGCACAGCUACGCCUGCCGCGUUCGCCACCGCAGCCUGGGCACCCGCAGCCUCCUCGUCCCCUGGGGGCAAUCAAAUGCUGGGCUGAUCGCAGGGCUUGUGGUUGCUCUGCUGGCAGCUGUGGUUGUGAUUGGUGCACUUUGGGUGUGGAGAUACAGGAAGCGCCAUUAAAUGGAAGAAUGAGGCCCAGCAGCUUUCUCCUGAGCACAGCAGCCCUGUUUGCUUCAAACCCUCACCUUGGACACAGCCUCCAUCUCCCUCUGCUGUGACAAAGCUCCAGGCACCACCAGGAGCAAGAUCAUUUCAGCAGGGAGCCACAGCUGGAAAAGAUGUGGUACUCAAGCCCUGCUGUUAUUUGCAUAAUGAACGAGGAUGCAAGUCCUCACCUGUUACACGUAAUCACUUUGUGCCUCAUGGCACUACCUAUGCACCUGCUGAGGCUUCUUCAGGCACACCAGUCCCCUGUAGCAAUUUCUUUCAGGUCCAGUAUGAUAACAGUACUGUCAGCAGGCAGUGCGCUGCACCCCUUCCAUUGUCACUUUCUAGAUAUUCCUCUUAAGAGCUGCUUUUAUUAACCAUAUUGCAGAAAUAGCUGUGCUUAAUCCGACCUGUUACACACAGGGUAAGUGCACACAAGUUGUGUUUAUGGCACCAAGGAGCACUGCACUCUGAGGUGAUCUGAGGGAGCUCCAGGCAUGGAUAAAACGAAAAUAAACCACUGAUGUUUUUGCUAAAA